AACACAACCUUCGUUCAAGAGAGUGUCGAGAAAUAUUUGAGCAAAGGGUUCUCAUACUCGCGAACUAGUAACCCGACGGUGCUCUGCCUGGAGAAGAAAAUUGCCGAUCUUGAAGGAGGCUUCGGCGCAUGCUGCUUCGUCACUGGGAUGGCCGCAACAAUCACGAUAUUCAGUGCUUUUUUGGCGCCGGGCGAUCACUGUCUGGUCACCAAUUGUUCCUACGGAGGGACCAAUCGCUGCGCUAGGCUACACUUCUCCAAGUACAACAUUGAUUUCGAAUUCAUCGAUUUCCGCGACCCCGCGAACGUAGAAAAGGCGAUUCGUCCUCAAACAAAACUUGUUUUCUCUGAGUCCCCCUGUAAUCCAACGCUGUAUCUGGCUGACAUCGAGGCCAUUAGCCGCAUAUGUAAAGCGAAGCAGGUCCUGCAUGUUUGCGACAGUACUUUCGCGACACCUUACAUGAUGCGGCCCCUGGAACUUGGUGCUGAUAUGGUUGUUCAAUCGACGACCAAGUACUAUGAUGGUCACAACUGUACUCUUGGAGGCGCAGUGAUAUCUUCAUCCAAGGAAAUACACGAUAAAGUCUUCUUUCUUCGGAAUGUGCUGGGGAACAUCAUGAGCGCCCAGACCGCGUUCUACACGCUACUCACUCUGAAGACGCUGGUCAUUCGUGUAGAGAAGCAGAGUGCGAACGCACAGAAAAUUGCGGAAUUCCUGAGCAAGCACGAAAAGGUUGCACACGUGAUAUACCCAGGCUUACCUUCGUUUCCUCAAAAGGAUCUCGCCUUGAAGCAGCACAAAAAAGUCCACGGGGGCAUGCUUGCUUUUGAGGUCAAAGGCGGUACCGAAGCAGGCAUCAGAAUGAUGGACCACGUUCCCCGUCCUUGGUCGUUGUGUGAAAACCUGGGCGCCUGCGAGUCGAUUAUCACCUGCCCGGCCGUUUUUACUCAUGCGAAUAUGCGUCGGGAAGAUCGACUAAAAGUUGGGAUCACUGACGGAUUCAUUCGGGUUUCAGUUGGCAUCGAAGAUGUCAACGACCUUAUUGAUGGACUCAACUACGCUCUUAGCAAAGUGUGA